AAAAUAAUGGAGGUAGAAACGAGAGAAUGAUGAAGAGGUGAAAAUGUACAGAGGGAAAGAGAGAGUGAUUCCUUGGAUCCAAAAAGUUCCCUUUUUUUUCUUUUCUCUUACAUUCUUGCUACCCAAACAAAUAACUCAUCUACUCUCUUUUCAGUAAUUAUCAUUAUUCUUUUUAAUCUCUUUCUCUUUCAUUAAUACCCUCUUCCUCUAUCCACGAAACUGAGAUAAAGGAAAACCAAGUACUUAGCUGCAUCUCCACACACACACAGAGUGAGAGAUUAUCCAUUCUCUUCCUUUUUUCUGGGUUUUCUCUUGUGAUUUAUAGAAAUUGAAGUUCUAGCCAAAUGGGAGCUCGGUGCUCCAAAUUAUCACUCUGCUGGUGGCCAUCCAAUCUCAAAGCCAACCUCAAUGAAUCCUCCGAUCUCGAGAAUGGGGACUUGCUGCCUGUGUUUAGAGAGUUCAGCUUGGAGCAGCUACGAGCUGCAACGUCAGGCUUCAGUGCUGACAAUAUAGUAUCGGAGCAUGGUGAGAAAGCUCCCAAUGUUGUUUAUAGAUGUAGACUUCAAGAUGAGGAUCGCUGGAUCGCCGUCAAACGCUUCAACAAGUCCGCUUGGCCCGACCCUCGCCAGUUCCUCGAGGAGGCGAGAGCGGUGGGGCAGUUGAGAAAUGAGAAAUUGGCCAAUUUGAUUGGAUGUUGCUGUGAAGGCGAUGAGAGAUUGCUGGUAGCUGAGUUCAUGCCUAAUGAGACGCUCUCUAAACAUCUUUUCCAUUGGGAGAACCAGCCCAUGAAAUGGGCAAUGAGAUUGAGAGUGGCUCUCUAUCUGGCUCAAGCUUUGGAAUACUGUAGCAGUAAAGGAAGGGCCUUGUAUCAUGACCUUAAUGCUUAUAGAAUUUUGUUUGACCAGGAUGGCAAUCCAAGGCUCUCCUGCUUUGGCCUGAUGAAAAAUAGCAGAGAUGGAAAGAGCUAUAGCACAAACCUGGCGUUCACCCCCCCUGAGUAUUUGAGGACCGGAAGAGUCAUACCAGAAAGUGUGGUUUAUAGCUUUGGCACACUAUUGCUUGAUCUACUCAGUGGCAAACACAUACCCCCUAGCCAUGCACUUGAUCUCAUACGUGGAAAAAACUUUUUGAUGCUGAUGGACUCAUGUUUGGAGGGUCAUUUUUCAAAUGAUGAUGGAACUGAACUUGUGCGCUUAGCGUCACGUUGUUUACAGUAUGAACCUCGUGAGAGACCAAAUGCAAAGACUCUUGUCACUGCUCUCACUCCUCUUCAGAAGGAAACAGAGGUUCCAUCCUAUGCUUUGAUGGAUAUUCCGCAUGGUGCUACAUCCCCAAAGCAAACAAUGUCAUUGACACCUCUAGGAGAAGCUUGCUCAAGAAUGGAUCUGACUGCAAUACAUGAGAUACUGGAGAAGGUGGGGUAUAAGGAUGAUGAGGGGAUUGCAAAUGAGCUUUCCUUCCAAAUGUGGACAGAUCAAAUACAGGAAACCCUCAAUUGUAAGAAGCGUGGUGAUGCUGCAUUUCGAACCAAGGACUUUGCUACUGCAAUUGAUUGUUACACACAAUUUAUUGAUGGUGGGACAAUGGUAUCACCAACAGUAUUUGCAAGACGCUGCUUGUGCUACUUGAUAAGUGACAUGCCACAACAAGCGCUUGGAGAUGCAAUGCAAGCUCAAGCAGUAUCUCCUGAGUGGGCCACUGCCUUCUAUCUCCAAGCUGCUGCACUCUUCAGCCUUGGAAUGGACAGUGAUGCACAGGAAACUCUAAAAGAUGGCUCAUCCUUGGAAGUCCAAAAACAAAGAAACUGAAAGUGUAUAGUUCUUUCAAAAAGAGGAAAAGAAAAAAAAGGAUUCCUUAUCCAUUAAAAUACUCCUUGUAUCCAUCCUUUUUUUCUAUAUUUUUUUAUUUGGUAAUUUGAGGUUCUGCAAAGCACCACAGAGUUAUAUUAAUAUGUUUGGCUUAUGCUUUUAUUUACAAUAUUGAUCCAGACUCCGGAGGAACUUCUCCAGUUAAUUCACAGCUUCUUCAAUCUGUUGUAGCUUAAAGAUGUGCCGCAUCUGAUAUCACUGAUGCUGGUUUCACCUAUUCUUACUUUCAGUUUGGUUGGAGUAAAAUGUAGAGAAUUGCCAUUAAUAUGGCUCUAUAUAAGAUCAUAAAAUAACAGAGAUGUCUAAUUGUGUUGCGACUUUCUCCUA